GGCUCUCCUUGGGCUACGAGGGCUAGGAUUGGAAGGAAUCCCGUCGAGCGUCUCCGGCUUAAGCCUAGAAGGCGCUAUUGGAUCAGCUGCGUUAGGGUCGGAUUUCUCUUCUCCAAUCCUCCAGAGAUCCGAGCUCCGCAUCCACAGCGCUGAAUGGAGCAUGCCAGCAGCAGCAUUUUGAUAUCGAAAUCGCAGCGGCCGGCGGAUUCUUCUUCAUCGAUUCCUCGCCCUGGAUCGAGCUCUAGAGUACCUGCAUUGGCGAUGGAGCAAGAAUGAGAUGAUUUGAGGAGCAGCACUCCGGCAAUGGAGAGCGAGAUCGAGAGAUUGCGCUCCGAUAGGCGCGAGCUCCUGGAAUACAUACUCGCCAUCAACAGCAAGAUCGUCGUGACACCUCUGGAUGGAGUAAAUUACGACAGCAUCGAUGUAAAGUAUGUUCUUGACCGGGCACGGAAAGGCCUCACUAUGGACAUAGCAGCUGCAUUUAAUUCGCCACCACCUCAAGAGAAUAACGACACAGUUUUAUCUACGUCGCCUGUUGGUGAGGAGAUUGCAGAUGGGGGAUCCUGUCCAUCGGUGGAGGCUCCCUUCAAAUUCCAAGGGGAACAAAUAAAAAAUGCCGAUGAGAUCGCUUUGUGCUUGCCAGCUUUUGAAACAGGUCUUUCCGACGACGAUAUCCGGGAAACAGCAUACGAAGUUUUGCUUGCAUCAGUGGGAGCAGCCGGUGGGCUGAUGAAAAAGGAAGAGAGCGUCUCGCGGUCUGGAAAAUGGAAGCCUCAAUCGAAGGCUUCCGGUCUCGCUUGUCUGAUGAGCAUAAUGCGAAAGCAACUUGAGAUAUCUGAAGAGAAUGACAAAAGGACAACAGAUGCAUUGUUUCAUGCAUCCAGCGGAAGAUUGGGCAAAAGAACUGAUAGCUUGCUUGUGCCGCUCGAGUUGUUAUGCAAUACAAAACGGGAAAUUUUUCCAGACGGGACUACCUAUCUAAACUGGCAAAAGAGAUUGCUAAAUAUUGUAAGAGAAGGAGUGUUGAACAAUUACCAUUGGAACCUUGAUCGAUCGGAUCAUCUUGCUAUGGAGUUGAUGGCUUCAAUAGCUAAUGUUGAAACUUCCGCUUUUAAAGACCGAACCGACGCGUUAAAACGUGUUAAGGAUGUCUAUCUCGCAAUUUCAGGAAGAAAUGGGAAAUCUGAAGAACCCUGUCAUUGGGCCGACGGUUACUAUUUGAAUGUCCGUUUGUACGAAAAGCUACUGUUUGGUAUAUUUGACCCUGUGAACUCGAGCCAAUUUAUUGAGGAAGCAGAGGAACUCCUUGAGCUGCUAAAAUCGACGUGGAGAGUGUUGGGACUCAAUCAGAUUGUACACGAUACAUGCUUUACGUGGGUUAUUUUCAAACAGUUCGUCGUCACUGGGGAGUUUUUCUUGCUCCAGCACGCUCAACGUCAAAUGAAACUGAUUACAUUUGAUCGACCAAGAACUGUAGCAGAACGGGCGUAUCUUAAGACAACGAAACACGGGAAUCUCGAUGUUUCAUAUGUCCAAGCUGUUCUGGGAUCUAUUAAGUCAUGGAUUGACAAGCAGUUGAAUGACUACCAUCUGUACUUUCAGCAUGAUCGUACAAAAAUGGAAGCGGUGCUUGCCAUUGUUGUAACUUCUGCAAGGCUUCUAACUGAGGAGGAAACGAAAGCUCCAGGAAUAUCGAAUACGUUAGUUAUUGCAAAGCUGAUCGAGGGUUACAUAUCUUCAUCGAUUAAGGAGGCCUAUGCAAGGGUUUUGGCACAAUCUGCAAAACAAGAAGGCCAUUGCGGUCGGCUGAUAUCACUUGCUGAAGAUACUAAAAAACUCGCUGAUUACGAUAUUACGUUCUUUUCCCCUCUCCUAUGUCGUUGGGGACCUUUGUCGGUUGCUGUCACGGCUUCAGUAUUGCAUGCUGCUUACUUCAAGGAGCUUAAACCUUGUCUUGAAAGAUUGUCGACAUCACCCGACGAUGAAGUCACUUCACUACUAUAUGCAGCGGAUAACUUGGAACAAUAUUUAUUGGACUUAGUAACUUCAGCAGAGAACGGGGAUGGAAAGGUUGCCGAAUAUAAGGCACAAAUGAUACCAUACGAGCUAGAUAAAAUACCGGGGAACUGGAGUAUGCGCUGUAUAACAACAAAGUUUGAAGAGCUCUCCAAUGGUGUUGAAAGUGCUUUCAUGGAGGAGAAUUGGGAACCUUUAUCCCCAGAAGAGCGCUAUGGUCGUUCUGCCUCAGACAUCUUUAAAGCAAUUGACAAGGUAGUGGACAGUUUCUUUGGCAUAGAGUUUCCAAUAAGGGCGUCCCAUAUAAAAAACUUGAUAGAUGCCUUGGAAAAUGCGGUGCAACUUUAUUCCGACAAACUACACAAGCAACUCGGUGACAAGGCUGAUUUAAUACCUCCAGCACCGGCUCUAACACGCCACAAAAAAGAAAUCUCUAUUAAGGUGUUCUCUAAGAGGAAGGUGAGCGAUCCACAUUUGCCAGACGAGAAGCGUUCGAGCGAAUUGAACGCGCUUACAACAGCUAAGCUUUGCAUGCGUCUGAACACCCUGCACUUUGUACUGCAUCAACUUAAUCUGUUACAAGAAAAUAUCAAGCAGAAGUGGCUAACAAAGAGGGCACAGUAUUGCAGUGGAAGCCAGAUAAAGUCAAAGCAAAGCGAAGAGAUUUUGCCUGGCUUUGAAACGUCUAAGAAGUUUGUGACCUGGGUACUUGAGCAAACGUGCGAAUUUACAGGCUUCAAGCUUAUUUUUUGGGACAUGCGUGAAGCAUAUGUUGAUACUUUAUACAAAGGAAACGUUGGCCAGUGUCGUAUCGAAAAAGUGGUGAAUGGACUUGACACGGCAUUGGGUCAGCUGUGUGAGGUUCUUGUUGAGCCUUUACGGGAUCAAGUAGUUUUUGGACUCCUGGAAGCAUCUCUUGAAGGAUUUCUGUGGGUGCUUCUUGAUGGCGGUCCGUUUCGUUCGUUUUCUCAAGCUGACACAGAAAUACUGGAACAGGAUCUUAAUAUUCUGAAGGAUUUCUUUGUUGCCGAUGGUGACGGCCUUCCAAGAGUGACUGUUAAUAAUGCUGCCUCCCAGGUUCAUCAAAUUCUAAAUCUCUACAGACUUGAGACGCACGCGGUAAUUGAGAACUUUAAACGAGCAAGCGAACAAAUGAGCAACCCUGCCAAGAGUUCCGCUCAAGUCGCCGACUCAGAGAUUUUGCUCCGUGUGCUCUGCCACAGGAAAGACAAGGAGGCAGCCAAGUUUUUGAGGCAGUGCAAACUGCCUAAACAAUCGUAGCGCGUCUUCAUUUGCAAAAGACACGUAAGCCUAAGCCUUUGAGAAGUUUUCACAGCACAAGCGCAUUGACAUACCAUCGCGAGGAUUUAUAUUUCCAGGAUAGACUGUAUUUACAGGCCAGGGCUCACGAGGCCCUCGUGGCUGUCGGUCGGGCAUUCAGGAUGCGACGCGUGCCUUGCCACUUAGCUCUCGUUUCAGUCAAGCGUACACUACAUAACAGGUGUGACUUCAAAGUAUUUAGUCACUUGAAAGUUUUCCACUCGCAGAUCGUCCAUCACUGCCAGAAAGAAGAAUCUCUGCCUCUCUCUCUCUAUCUCUCUCUCUGUCUCCAGAAUGGCUCAGGAAAAUUUCCAGCUGCUAAAGUCGGUUGAGGAUCCUUCCCAGGCCCAGCACCAAGAAGUUGCCGUCGAGAAGAAGCCAGUGACGUUCCGGGUGCCGCGAACUCCAGAGAUCCCUCGCGAGCUCCUCGCCACCAAGCCCAAGGAUCGCAUCGACGAGCUCCUGGUCCUUGAGGGGAUAGACAUUCCAGGAUGCAAGCUCGUGCUGGAUGUGUAUCUCAAUCUCCCCAUCGCGGAUGAAAACAUGCGGCACGACAUCGCGGAGUACGUGGGCUCCUUCUACUGCAUCACUCCCAGGAGGAGCGACCAGAAGUUCUCCAUUCGGUCCAAUCUCGAGAUGCUGGAGCUAGACAACGCCAAGGAGAUCACCGUGACGGUCGUUCCAAGGGGGGGUUGCCAUACGGAGGUUCCAAUCCGAGGCGCCAACAUCGUGUAUGCUUGAUUGAUCCAGAGCGCGCGUAGUCGCGAAUGAAAUGCUUGUAAGGAUUGCGUAGAAUCUCUUAUGAAACCCAGACGGUCAGGAACUCUGUUCUUGACACGAGGGGCUCACUUAAGAUCUUUUAUAUUUUCAAGCAAAUCAGUUUUCCUGGACUGAACAA